AUGGCUCCAAGUGUGGUCACACUACACCCAAACAUUCAUAGACCAGAUAGAGAUUGUCCAGAGACAGAACAGUAUAUCACUGGAAUUAUUCCCCCUCCUGCUGUUGCUCACAUCCCAACCCCUGGGCAGUUCAAUGCAUUGAUCAUGUCUCACCCUAUAUUGCCUGAUAGUAUAUGUAUCUGUAUCGGUUAUGGUGUAGGGUCUGUUACGGCAUGGACACUGGGAGACUAUGGAAAACUAGGUCAUGGAAAUAAUUCCACACAGAAAUUUCCUAAGCAGAUCACAGGUCUAUCUGGUAUUAUUGUAGUUCAAGUGUCAGCUGGUUUUCGUCACAGUGCUGCAGUAACACAGGAGGGAGAACUUUACACCUGGGGGGAGGGGGAUUAUGGAAGAUUAGGCCAUGGAGACAGCAGUAGCAAGAAUUUACCAACCAGGGUGAAAGAUCUACCAUUGAUCUCCCAGGUCUCCUGUGGAAGCUCUCACACUAUUGUAGUUGCAAGGGAUGGGAAAACAGUCUGGUCGUUUGGCAGUGGGGAUAGUGGGAAGUUAGGUCAUGGUGAUACAUGCAGACAGUAUAAACCAAAGAUCAUUGAAAGUUUGACGGGUGUUACCAUCAGAAAAGUGGUUUGUGGCUGUCAUUUUUCUGUAGCACUUACCACCACUGGUCAGCUGUAUGCCUGGGGGUGUGGCUCUGUGAUAGGGUGUGGCUCUCCGGAUGCAACUGCCCUUAAACCACGCCUUCUGGAAGACUUCCAGACAAUACGAUUGGUGGAUGUUGUUUGUGGAGACAACCACUGCUUAGCUCUCACUCAUGAUAAUGUAGUUUAUGCCUGGGGCAACAAUGCGAUGGGACAGUGUGGUCAAGGUCACUCACAGAGUCCUAUAACACGUCCAAAAAAAGUGACUGGUGCCAUUACUAAAGCACCCAUACACCAGAUCUCUGCUGGCACUUCACAUAGCAUAGCAUGGACAGCUAUACCUAGUGACAGACCACUGAUGUCACUACACCGACCAUUUUGUGUAGAUAUACAGGUGGAAACUUUCUAUAUCUUGCGUCAGUUUCUAGAGAGAUACUGUCACAGCUUUGAUGCUGAACUCGCCCCAAUGCCUUUCCAGAAUCACAGUGAACACCGAUACUUUGUCCUACUGUGCCUAAAACUUUUGUGUGUACAUCUGUCUCUUGCUCAGAAUGCAGGGGCCUCUAAAAAUCUGCUUGGUGAGCAAGCAAAACCUUUAAGAAACCUGCUGUUCAAACUUAUUGAUAUGAAAACACCAGAUUCAAUUCAGCAGCUUGUGUGUGAGUGUCUGUCUGUUGGAGCUCAGAUGUUGUUACCAAGUCUUGGAGACAGAAUGGAGCUGUUACACUCUCUACUACCACAGUCUCCACACUGCUGGAGUGUCUUAUCUAGGGGACAAAGAAUGCAGCUAAACAUGAUACUGUCUAGCCUACAGAAUAACAGCCAUAUAUCAGUACUACUCGGCCUCAGUCAUGUCUACUUACCUGCAGCCAAAUUUUUCCCAGAUCUCCAUACAGCUGAGAUUCUCAUGAAGAAUAUACUGAGAAACCUAGCAUUUGAAACUGAGUCAGCUUUGAAUGACCUUGAGAAGAACAAUGAUAAAGACAUCACCUGUGAUGUUAAAGAAACCUGCUGUCCCCAGCUGCAUGAGUUACUCUCCUCCAUACACAAACAUCUGUUUGCAUUCUGUACUCAAACAGAUCACAUUUCUACAAAUUUUGAUGAUGUGAUGAGGCUGGUACAGAAUCACCUCAGCCUCAUGAUUCCAUUGUGUUCAGAACUGAUAUCACAGGCAGCAAAACUACUUGGUCAGCAGAGAAAACUCAAUGUACAGGAGCAUGUUAUAGGUAUCCUAUAUGCUUCUCCAGCUGGUUCCAUGUUGUUCCACAUGCUGCACUCUUUGGUGCUGGUCCCUCAGUGUAGAGUUGUCCCCCUUUUAAACUCUCUUCUUACACUUCUUUCCAACCUAGAUGAAAUCUGCAGGCUUCUCACUAACAUUGACAGAUAUGAAAAAAGGGAACUGGAACAAAGUUUUAACUCCAGUGUGUCAGCGAUUUGGUUGGUUGACCUGGAAAGAGUUUGCUCAUUGCUGAUCGGUCAUUGCCUUGGUAACAUGUUGUUAGGUUCACCAAUCACAGAAGAGGAAAAGCAGAUAGGCCCAUGGCUGCAGAACAAACUGUUCAGCAAUGGAUUACAGCAGAAUGAUAGUGAGGAAGGUACAAGUACAACAGCAUCUCUACAGAAAGUGAAACAGACUCUCAGAAGACUGAGAUGGCACCAUGAGCACUCAGGGGAUGUCACUCUUGGUAGAAAGAGAGGAAGGCAGCCUCCACACACCAUCAGUGGAGAUGUUUGUAGUUUCAUUAAGGGAGACAACCUGAAGCACAGGAAAGGAAUAUUUGAAAUUGCAGAUAACAGGCGAUAUUCACGCCUGUAUGCACUGAAUCAGAUCCGGGAAUUGCUGAUGGCCCACAAAGAGAAGAGCAGUGCAGAUAGAAAUUCCCCUGUACCUCAGACACUGUCAACACUGUUAUGCUCAGCCCAUCUCUGUCUGCUAGCUGGUUGUUUUAAUCUUGGCCUUCUUGUUGGCUCACAGGGAGAAAAAACACCCAGGCUUGCUCACUACAAGGCUGGAGUAAUGACUGCUAGAGCAGAAACUCAGAGAGAGAUACAGCUGGCAGCACAUGAUAUAUAUGAGUCUCUGGUGCAAGGUCUUGUACAUGCUCAAAAAGACAAAGACAAUCAAGGUAACAGACAGAGGUUAUUACUCUGCACAAUAUUUUCACUGAGUAUGAGUUACAAGUCGGUAGAUAUCUCCCUUCUGGUGGCCUGUGGACUGUUACCUACACUGUAUGAGAUGGCUAGUUUGGCAGCACCCAUUCAGGGUCUGGUACAGCCAGUGAGAGGGAGGCUAGGACAGGCUCAGCUUAACACAGUACUGAGAGUUGCCAGCUAUAGACUGAUACAGAUAAUAUCCCUUACAACUAGUUUACACAGUGGACAGUUGAGUACAGGCGUACUCCAGUCUGUACUAGAUAUACUGUGGUCACAGAUCCAGAAGCACCUUGACAACCAUUGUUACCAUAGUAACGCUAUGACCGUCUUCCUGGUGUUUACAUGUAGAGUUAUCUCCUCGGGAAGAAUGAGAAAUCUUGCAGCAACUAAGAAGUGGACAGAUAUGCUUAUUUCUAUAGUCAGAGAGUCAAAACAAGGUCAGAGUCUGAGGACAAAGCUUGCAGCCAUACAUAUAUUGGAAUGUAUUCUACCAGCAUGUAAUAUUGGAACUGAUGCUGAAUUCUUAAAACUGGUGAUAUCAGACUUGUUGAACUGCCUCGCAGACAAUAUGUGGGAACUUCCUUUGAACCAGGCAGUGACUGAUGCAAGGAUUGAAGAGUUAUCUCUCCUUGCUAAGUUAGAACAGCUCAAGAUUGGCAGCCAUGAGGUCAGCGAGAAUUGUCUAACCUUCAGCAAGUCAGCUGACCAGGUUGAUACCAGGCUUAGUGAUAGUACUGCAUUAGCUACUAGUCUCUCUGGUUCCCUGGCCACUGGUACCAGCAAGGAGCAGACAACACAGGGGGAGAAUUCUAAAGAUAUUCAAGAUAAGGGAGAAAACUCUAAUGUUAAUGAGAAUGGACAUUUAGAUAAACAGUUUGAUAAAAUAUUUAGCGAGGAAUGUGCGACGAUGCUGGAAGUGACCUUUGACCCUGAGAAGUGUGUUUGCAGUAGUGUAGAAGGGGGACAAUCGUUGAUACACAGUACUGCAGGGAAAGGUUAUGGGAUUGCCUCCAUUCCAGUCACAUCAGGAUGCUACCAAUGGAAGUUUCACAUAUUGAAAGAAAACAAGAGCAAUGAAGGAACGUGUGUUGGAGUUUGCCGACUGCCUGUACGGGAUUAUGGUCAUAGAUCCACCUCAGACAUGUGGCUGUAUCGGGCAUAUAGCGGCAAUUUGUACCACAAUGGUGAACAGAUGCGGACCUUGUCAGGCUUUACACAAGGAGAUUUUAUCACCUGUGUUUUAGAUAUGGAUUCAAAGACUUUGGCUUUUGGAAAGAAUGGGGAGGAACCACAUGUUGCUUUUGAAGAUAUUGAGGCCACAGAGUUGUAUCCUUGUGUCACCUUCUACAGCAGUAAUCCUGGUGAAAAGGUGAAGAUAUCAGACAUGCAGAUUCAAGCAGUGCACAAAGACCUAUUGCCUGGAGAGCCCCUGUGUGCCCCGCCCAAUAUUGUUGUAUGUGAAGCCCUGAUUGGGCUCGUACGUAGUUUACACACAAGCAGUGUAUGGACUGAAGUGAUCAACGAGAAACUGAUACAGCAGCUAGAUAAAGUCUCUGAUCUUGAUGUUUUUGUUGAAACCGACAAGAAAGAUAGACUGGAUAAGACUGAAAGAUGUCAGGAAAAUGAAAAGAUGAAUAGAGAAAAGGGAGAUGACUCUUGUAAUGGUACAAAGCCAAGUUUUGAAAAGGAAAAAUUGGAAUAUUGCCCAGAAGAUAGAAUUAGUGACCUUUGUUGUCAGGUAUGGCCUUGUUUAGCCAUUCUAGGUGGCUUGGACUCUGGUUUACGUAUUGGUGGCAAGUGUGUUCAUCAACGGACAUCAAAACAGGGAACUAUACUUGGUGUGACCAGUCCUGGUGCCUCCACCAUCAAAAUACAGUGGGACAAUGGUGAUGUCUCAGUAAGUGAUAUGUCAUUAUGUACAUUGAAACCUCUUCCCUCUCAGCUGUUUGAUAUUGGAUCACUUUCUGGAUUUACUGCCAAACAUCUGGAGCUUUUGUUGAGACUUACGUAUCUCUCUGUUGACAAAUACAUCACAAGACUAAGAAAACACAAAGGCCAGAGCAGACAUUACACAAGGUGUAGAGGAGAUGGCUCCUCUGGGUCUAAUGUGACUUCAGAUUGCAGUUAUUAUACAGUUCCUAGUGACACUGAUGUUAAACAGAGCACAACAGGUGAACAAGCAGAGUCCGAAGCACCAGUUGAAGCAAACAAAUCCAUUAGGUUUGGUAUGUUAGAGAGAGAGCAUGGAUCAACUAGAGCGUCUGCAAUGUCUGAGACAUUUGUUGAACAUAAUGACAACGAAGACAAAAAUUAUGAACAUUUUUUAGCAAGAGCUUUAGGUGGGGAGCCAGAAAAUUCAGACGAAUUAAGUGAAAGUAGACAGACAGUAGCAGCUGUCACUGGACAGGAGUUUGCUGAAAUCAGUCACCUUGAAUGUGAAGCAGGUGUAGAAGAUGAGGUUAACAAAGAAGAUGGAACAGCUGAAAAAGUUGGUUUAGAAUCUGAAGGAGAAAAAGACAGAUCUAGAGAUACAACUAAUGACAGAGAGGAAUCACCAAUGGAAAUAGACAAUACUGCUGAUGCAAGUGAUGACAACAAAGAUGGUAAUGUUUGCAGACCAAAAGAAACUACCAAACAUUCACAAGAUGUUGAAAUGUCUGAAGAUGAAAUAAUUACAAAGGAGGCAAUUGCAAUUAAAUUCGCAGCGAUUCAGGUUACAGCACUGAAAGCAGUACAAUGUGUGUUAGCAAGUCAGAAAUAUGGAGAAAUGUUGCUUGUUCCCAAGUCGGACCUUGUUGCUGAUAGUAGCAAGGCUCUAACUGAUGGUACAGUGGUGAGAAAAGAUGAGGACUUCAAGAAAGUGAUAUGUGAAUUCAUGAAAAAGCUGAUACAUAUCGCUACAAGCACCUCACCAUUUAAACGUGCUGUUGGAAUAGACGAGCUGGAUAGAACAAGAGCUAUGCUGCUGAAAGCUGUAAUACAGGAACAAGCUGAAAGAAGAACAAAUCUUCCGUCUUUGAAAGAGAGAUACACCUCAAUAUGUACAGUGCUACCCACUUCAGGACAGACCUCUGAUAGAAUGGCAGCAUCAUUAGCAUCAUCAGGGUGCAGUACGUCAAUGGACAGACAGCCAAGCAGUAGUCAUAAUGGGGUCAGUAGCCAGGACAGAGACUCUCAGAGAGCCUUACAACAAACUUCCAUACUCCAGUAUGUCAGGUCAAGCAAUCUUGAUGGUAACCUGCUCAGAGGAGGUAGACUGCGUAGUUUACCUCAUUAUGUGAACAGAACUCAGCAAGAUGGAGGAACUUCAGCCAGCCCCAGUCGUGGCCCCUUUGCACCAUCAGCAGUCUCUUCCAGAGAUCUUGUCAGUGUCCCACUUACAGCCCCACCUUUAAGACGUCCUCCGCCCCCACAGUUCACAACUCCUGGGGUCAACCCGACCCCUAGACAAUACAAAAGAAGGAUUCAGAGAUCACCGUCUCCACCGGUCAUGCCCCCAGUAUUCACACCAUUGAUGGAGAUGGGAUUUUCAAUAUCUCAUAUUGAAGCUGCAGUUCAAAGUCAAGAAAGAGAAAUUGAUGUAUGGGAUGUUACUUCACAAGUUGUGAACAGUCUUGCUACAUGGAUGAUUGAACACCCACAGGAAGUAGAGUUAGCAGGACCCCCAGGGGACCCUGGCCCCUCACACAGAGAAACUACACCUACUGAUGGUGCUACAGCUGCUAAAAGGUCAAACAGAGAAGAGACUACAGACGAAGGACCUUCAGAAAUGCUGAUUGAGGAGUCCGAGAGCAGUGAUCCAGGUUUUGUACGAAGACCCCGAAGAAUGACACGUUCUCGACAUCUUGAUAUUCGGAGCUUCCUCUCUAAUCUUGGUGAAGAGAGAAGAGCAGAAAGAGCUGAGCGAAGUAGCCAGGACCUGGCCCCAGAGGCUCGAACCUUGGUAGAUCUGUAUGAUGAAGUCUUAGACCUGCAGGAAGAGCUGUACACUGACAUGGCUACAGAUGAUAUUUUCAGUUAUGAUAACAGAGAAGCAUUAGACCUGUUUUCAGCUCUUAGACGUGAUAUAGAAGAAGAUAUUUCUGUGACAUGUGAGCUCUGUGGGGAACUAACUUUAAAUUUCAACAGACACAUGAGAUCCCAGCAUCCAGGAUGUGGAGGAAGCUGUGAUAACCAUGGUUACCGUAGUACAGGAAGUUACUGUGGUGGUUGGUUUGGUGGUCAGUGCGGCACAGGACAUCCAUUCUUCUUGAUGUGUCCGACCUGUCGACAGCGCUAUUUGAGCCAACCAAGUAUGCCUGACAGAGGAACGGAUGUAGGUACGAGUGAAGAACUGUGUGAAAAGUCUUCAGAGUUCCAAGACAGUAAUGACUCCAUACCAUUGUCAGAGGGCAGUGGUUAUACAAGGGAGAUCGAAGGAUGGUUACCAUGUUUAGAUAACCAAGAGAAACUAUACCAAUACCUUGGACUGUCAGACAAGAGACCCAUACCAGAGCCAGUCAAGUUCCAACAACCUGACCCACUCGGAGCCUCAUACAUUUCUCCCUCUCAGCAUGGCAAAAAAUCAGCAGCAGAUGGACAAGCUUCGAAAUUUUCUCAGAAGAGUGAUGACAGAAAGCAGAGAAGUUUACCAGAGCAGAUCAUGCACCUUCAAAACAGUGAAGACAGACAAAUGGCCCUACACAGGACCACGAUGGCGUCCCAGAUCUCUAUAGCAAGAACAGUGGUACUGCAAGCAUUAGCUGUAUUAUCUGGAAGUGGAACAACAUGCAGUCUUCCUGCAGCCCUGGAGAAAAUGGGAUUGUCGGAUAUAAUGAUGAUUGUAAAAUUGAUGUGUCUCUGUGCCUCAGGAAAGAUAACUCCAUCAUGUGACUAUGGUCUGGGUAUGGGCCAGGCCAGUCUUGACCACCUCUCCACAGCUAUUGGAUCACUUGUAGAAGAAAAUACUAAAGCCCAAAAUCAACUGCUCCAGUUGUGCACCAAGGAGUUACUGACAGCAGCCCUUGGGGUAGGGCAGACAAAUGACUCAGUAGUGAGACAGAAAAAGACAUCAGUACACGUUGUCACAAAAACAGACAAAUCCACACUUUCUGUUACACAGUCCCUUGUUGCACUCCUUGCACAAUGUGGUCUCAAGAAUACGGCAGGCUCUCUACCACAGAGCAGAGAUAAAAAUAUUUUGGCAUCACCUUCCAAACAACAAGGGUCAACAACAGAGCAGCCGGUAGAAGAACGUCCUCUUGGAAUCAUACAGAUGAUAGAUGCACUCUCUGCAUGUAUAUUAUCAGCAAAAAUAGAUCACACAUACCGCCAGUGGGCUGGGAUUCAGCUAGUACGGUGUAUAGCUGCACAUAAGCCCAGUACUGUUAUAGACAAGCCCCAGGUUGAUCUAGGGCCAGAUCUGCCACCGUGUACAAUACGCAAGUUGGAGGCACAUCAAAACAGGCUCGCUGAUUGUAGCUGGAAUGAAAAGAAAUCACUUCUUGCAACAAGUGGGUAUGAUGGUGUUGUCCGUGUGUGGAAUAUUCCCAGCAAAACUCACCAGAUUAUGCAGCAGACUUGUAUAUUCAACAAUGGUGAGGGUGUGAACGGUGAGCACCUUGAUGGGCAGUUGCUUGAUAACCUGUGCUGGAACAGUGCCGGCAAACUACUCGCUGGAUCUAUGGAUAAUAUGGUUAACAUCUGGGCUAUAGGAGGUGGUCGUGGACAUUUAGACAUUCAGCCACACUGGAUCUCAGCCUUGGCUUGGUCUCAGUGUAAGCCUGUGUUUGGUGGCUGUCUCUGGUUGAACACAGACCGCCUGCUUGUUGGCCGGCUGGAUGGAUCUCUUGCCUAUAUAGAUAUUCUGGACAGUUCCACAUUUAGACGACAGGAGUUAGAGCAUUGUUACAGGCCUGAUGUUUCAGUGACAAAGAUUGCUUGGUAUGAAGAGACCAGAAGGUUUAUGGUAGGAUACAGUGAUGGUGUCAUUGACCAGUGUAGCAUUGAGGAGUUUGAGGCACCUAUCAGGACCCAGGCACAUGAGUCUACAAUCACUGGUAUGGAGUGGGAUCCAACUGGUCACAUGCUGUUGACCUGUGCUAGAGGGGACUCGCACGUGAAAGUAUGGUUGCCUGGUCGGGAAGGACUUGUGUUGCUACACACACUCCACCAUACUGCAGCUGUUACUGUGAUUGGAUGGUGUACUUUACUAGGGAAGGGAGAUAAUAAAUCUCUUAUGUUGGCAAGUGGUUGUGACAAUGGAAUAGUGUAUGUAGAAAGUGUACCACAGGUCACAUAUAAUGAGAACCAGUUAACCCCCACUAGCUCCUCUUCUUACACCUGUCAGGAUACAGAGGAGACGGUGGAUGAAACGAAAGUGAUCUUCACUCUGCAUGGUCACCUGACAGCGCUAGGGUCUCUGACCUUUAGUCCCAAUGGACUUCUUCUUGCAUCAGGAUGUAAUAAAGGCUGGCUCAAAAUAUGGUCACUGCUGGAUGGAAGCCUGAUGCAGGUGUAUAUUGGGACAGGAGCUGUACGUAGUUUGUGCUGGUAUGCUGAUCAUGGGCUAGCUGCUUGCUUUAACAGAUCAAAGGAUGUUGUUUUACUGAGUUACCCUCAGGAUAUUCAUCUCAAACAGCAGGCUCUUGCUACAGCCAGGACCAGUCUACGCAGCUGGGGACUAAACUUACUACAGGCUCCUUGCUUCAAAACAUUCCUGCAAAACCUUCCAAAUCUUGUCCUCGAGCAGUAUCUCUGUGAAAAGCCGAUAGUUAUGAGUGGAGAACAGUUGAUGCAUAGUGACUACCUGCAAAGCUUAUGCUCAUUUUGUGUUGCACUGAGAUUAGAUACUGUACUGUGUUACAUGCCUCUACCUCCACAUCAUAGAUUUGCAGUCAUUGAACCAGGUCAGAUAUUGGUACCAGAGUGGCAAUGGUUGUUGACGUAUGCUUCAGCAUUGAAAACAUCUGCAUGCUUGAUGGAUGGACAAGAUUUCCCGGAAAGUUUCAAACAGUUGAACACAGGCUUGUCUCAGGAUAAAUUCCCCAAUACAGUUUCCGACAAUAAAGCAUGGAACCUCACUACUGAUGGAGAGAUUAUGAGUUGGGCAACACAGAGUCCCGAGGACUGGCAGAUAGGGGGUAAAUGUGAGGCUUACAUGUGGGGUUAUGAGAGACAUGGACAGCUAUGUGAGGGUGGCAGAGUUGUUCUCACUCCCGUCAAUGUGUCAGCUUAUUCUGUAGCUCAGCAGAUUAUCUGUGGGCAGAACUGUACGUUUGUUAUCCAAGCAAAUGGUACUGUGCUGGCAUGUGGUGAAGGAAGUUAUGGUCGUCUCGGACAGGGAAAUUCAGAUGAUCUUAAAAACCUGACAGUAUUGUCUUCUUUACAAGGGUUUGUUGUAACACAACUUGCUACAUCUGUUGGUUCAGACGGUCACAGUCUGGCACUAACUGAGAGCGGGGAGGUAUUCAGCUGGGGAGAUGGAGACUACGGAAAGCUAGGUCACGGCAACAGCGAUCGUCAGAGAAGGCCGCGACAGAUUGAGGCUCUGCAAGGAGAGGAAAUAAUUCAGGUUGGAUGUGGCUUUAAGCACAGUGCUGCAGUGACAGCGGAUGGUAAACUUUACAUGUUUGGUAAUGGUGACUAUGGACGACUGGGUCUCGGCUCUACAGCUAACGUGAAGCUCCCAACACGAGUCUCUGCCUUAGAGGGACAUCAAGUGGGUUAUGUAUCUUGUGGUUUGAACCACAGCUUAUGCCUGUCAGCAGAUGGCAGCACUGUCUGGUCAUUUGGAGAUGGUGACUACGGAAAGCUUGGUCUAGGCAACACCACAAGGGUUCUUGUACCUACAAAGAUAGAGGCCCUUCAAGGGAUCACGAUGAAGAAAGUUUUGUGUGGUGCCCAGUUUUCUGUGGCUCUGUCAAAAGAUGGAAGGAUUUACACUUGGGGUCAAGAUCGUCUUGUUGGCCAGCCAGACUGUAGAUCUAGAAACCACAUGAAGCCACAGAAUGUGCCAUCACUGGCUAGUUAUUUUAUUGAUGACAUUGCUGUGGGUGUGGACCAUACCCUGGCCCUUACUAGUUCUGGUGAUAUUUGGGCUUGGGGAAAUAAUUCUGAUGGACAGCUUGGGCUUGGACACACAAGUUCACCUGUCAGGGAACCUCAGCUGGUACCCGGCCUUGUAGGCAAAGAUAUAAGACAGAUCUCAGCUGGUAAGAGUCAUUCAGCAGCCUGGACUUGUCCACCACCACCUCAGCGCUUACCAGGGAUUCCUGCACCAUUGCUACUGGGUGUACCAGAGAACAUUCCUCUACAGUUUUCUAGUCUUUCACAAUAUUCCAUACAUGAUAUAAAGGGUCGCCUUCGACUACUGCAUCAUUAUUCUGAUAUAAUUUAUUCCACAUGGCGUUUACUUCCUCUCACAACUCCUAAGGAAUCUCUGUCUCAGUUUGAAAGUGGUAUAGCAGGUUUACUGACUGGGGAUCUACGACCUCUACUUGCCCCCAGGGUUUACACUCUGCCCCUGGUGAGGUCUAUAGGUAAAACCAUGAUUCAGGGGAAAAACUACGGUCCACAAAUCACUGUGAAGAGAAUAGCUACAAGAGGGAAAAGAUGCCGUCCAGUCUACAGUCAAAUUUCUGGUCAAGUGAUCAGACUGAAAGCAGAAGAUUUACGGUUGCCAGCACGAGCGUGGAAGGUGAAGCUACUAGGGGAAGGUGCAGAUGAUGCCGGUGGAGUGUUUGAUGAUACCAUCACUGAAAUGUGUCUUGAGUUAGAGUCUGGAGUGAUACCUCUGUUAUUGCCUACACCAAACAGCAGCACUGACACUGGUAGUAAUCAGGACAGGUAUGUGUUGAAUCCAAGCCUGAAGUCGGACGAGUAUGUUGGUAUGUUUAAGUUUCUUGGUGUGCUGUUUGGUGUGGCUAUACGUACAAAGAAACCGCUAGACCUUCACCUGGCACCAUGUGUAUGGAAACUGCUUGCUGGUACACCGCUCAAAGUAGAAGACAUAGAGGAGAUUGAUUACAUGUAUAUACAGAGUCUAAAAGGUAUUCUUGAAAUACAGGAGACAGGUGUUAAUGAAACAAACUUCCAUGAGUUCAUUCCUUUAGAUUGUUUUGAGGGUCAGUCUUUAGAUGGUCGGAUGGUGCCUGUUAUACCAGGAGGACGUAAUCUACCUCUAAACUUCCAUAACAGACAGGAAUAUGUGGAGAAUGUGAUCACCUUUAAACUGCAUGAAAUGGAUACCAUGGCUGCAUUGAUACGAGAAGGCAUGUCAUGGAUUAUACCUGUGCCCUUACUGUCCCUGCUUACUGCAAAAUCAUUGGAACAGCUGGUGUGUGGUGUCGAGCAUAUACAGGUGGAUGUCUUACAGAAAAUUGUCAGGUAUCGAGGCAUUGACGAGCAGAACAAAAUGGUUGUUUGGUUUUGGAAAGUCCUGGAAUCUUUCAGCAAUGAGGAGAGAAUACAGUUUCUACGUUUUGUUUCUGGACGCACGAGGAUGCCAGUAAAUCCUGCUGAUAUUCCAAUGAGGUUUCAGAUAAUCAGCUCAGGAAGAGGUGAGGACAGUUUACCAACUUCACAGACAUGUUUUUUCCAACUACGAAUACCUACCUACUCUACUAUUGAGGUGCUGGCAGAGAAGUUACGCUAUGCUAUAAACCAUUGUAAAUCAAUUGACAUGGAUAACUACAUGCUCAACAGAACUGACGAUGAUUUUGGCGCAGAUUUGUUUGGUUCCGAUGAGGACAAUGGUGACUGAACAAGAAAUAAGAACAGAUUGUUCCAGUAGAAACAGAGAGAAAUUAAGGUUUGAACAUCAACUAUUGAAUGAGAACUCUGUAUAGAUUUACUUUCUAAGUUUAAUUGUUAUUACAGUUCUGAAACUUUUACAGUUUUGAAACUUAUGAUUUUUCCAUAUAUACAUUUUUCAUAGGCUGAAUCAAAUUUUGAAAUUUGUUGCCACAAAUGUUAAUAUUUGUGAAGCAAAGUUUACAUGAAGUUCAUUCAUGAGUGUUUGAAGUCAGUUUUGCUAUUUUUAUGACAGUUUUGUUUAUGCCAGUAUUCCUAGGGCUCUUUGUUACACUUUUCAAUAUUAAAAUUCUUGGAGACUUAAAUUUUUCAGACAGGAAAUCUUUAUUGUGUCAGAAGAAAAUAACGCAGAGAAAUUUGAAACAAGUUCAGGAAGACUUACAGGGGAUCUUUUUAAUAAGCAUUUAUCAGAUAUCACAUUAAUAUAGAAAAUAGUCUUUGUCAAAUCUCUUUUAGAGAUGAAAUAAUGAAAGUAGGGUUAGCA